UUUUUAUAACCGGCCAAGGUGAAGAUGGUCAAGACGAUGUAUUAGUGUUAUUACAGAAGUUGUUGGGAUAUUGCCUAACUAUGAGUACUUAAUGUCCAAUGGAUGAUUGCCACGCGGAUGAACGACCAAGUAGCAUUAAGUUUACGUGAAACGAGCUGAUAUAUAUCUCCGAUAGCUACAGAAUUUCCGACCGAAGCCUUGGUGAGAGAGAGAGAGAGACAGAGAUCGGUAAUGGCAAUGAAGGGAUACACGUUAUGUUCGAUCCUUGUGUUCUCGUUGUUCGCUUCGUGCGUAAGAAGCAAGGAGACGAAGGAGUUUGUGUUGACAUUGGAUCACACUAACUUCACCGAAACCAUCAACAAGCAUGAUUUCAUUGUCGUCGAGUUUUACGCCCCAUGGUGUGGACACUGCAAGCAGCUAGCUCCUGAGUACGAGAAGGCUGCGUCAGAAUUGAGCAGUCAUGUCCCUCCAGUGGUUCUCGCCAAGAUCGAUGCAAGCGAGGAAACAAACAAAGAAUUUGCAACAAAGUACUCGGUUCAGGGCUUCCCAACAAUCAAGAUCCUCAGAAACGGAGGAAAAGCUGUUCAAGAAUACAACGGACCUCGUGAAGCUGACGGCAUUGUUACUUACUUGAAGAAACAAAGCGGUCCUGCUUCUUUAGAAAUCAAGUCUGCUGAUGCUGCUUCUGAGGUUGUUGGUGACAAGAAUGUGGUUGCAGUUGGUGUUUUCCCUAAACUAUCUGGCGCUGAGUUUGACUCUUUCAUGGCCACUGCUGAGAAACUGCGCUCUGAUUAUGAUUUCGCACACACCACAGAUGCUAAGCUUCUUCCUCGUGGAGAGUCUGUGACAGGACCUGUAGUCAGGCUAUUCAAACCCUUUGAUGAACUCUUUGUUGAUUUCAGGGAUUUUGUUGGAGAAGCUUUGGAGAAAUUUGUCAAAGAAUCAAGCAUUCCUCUUAUCACCGUCUUUGAUAGUGAUCCAAACAACCAUCCAUAUGUUCUCAAAUUCUUUGAAAUCCCUAAUACUAAGGCGUUGUUUUUCUUGAACUUCAACGGAGAAGGAGCUGAGACUCUUAAAUCAAAGUACCGUGAAGUUGCUGCUUCCAACAAGGGACAUGGUCUUAGCUUUCUUCUCGGUGAUGCAAAGAACAGCGAAGAGGCAUUACAGCACUAUGGAGUCGAACAGAGGCAACUUCCUCUCAUCAUCCUUCAGACAGUGGAUGACAAGAAGUACCUGAAAACAAAUGUGGAGGUUGACCAGAUUGAAUCAUGGAUCAAUGACUUCAAGGACGGGAAAGCUUCCCCGUACAAAAAAUCUCAACCUAUCCCGGGUGAAAACAACGAGCCAGUGAAGGUUGUUGUUGCUGAGAACCUUGACGAGAUGGUCUUCAGCUCUGGAAAGAACGUCUUGCUUGAGUUCUAUGCUCCAUGGUGUGGACACUGCCAAAACCUUGUUCCAAUCUUGGACGAAGUUGCUGUGUCGUACCAAAGCGACCCAAGUGUAGUCAUUGCUAAGUUUGAUGCAACCGCAAACGACUUCCCACAUGACACCUUUGAUGUGAAGGGCUUCCCGACCAUUUACUUAAGAUCAGCGAAUGGAAACAUUGUGCUUUAUAAAGGAGACAGGACAAAGGAAGAUAUCAUAAGCUUCAUUGACAAGAACAAGGACACAGCUGGAGAGACUAAGACAGAGGAAAAGAAAACUAAGGAAGUUAAGGACGAGCUCUGAGGGGAGAAAGUGUGUUCUAUCUCUAAGCUGCUAACUUAAUUAGUUUGGUAGUUUUGAGGAAUCUACACAGAAGAAGACAAGGCUUUGAAUAGAUAGACAUAAAGAUAAUGUCUCUUUAUCUAUUCAUUAGAGUUUUAAAAUGCAAUCUGCAGAACAAUAACAUCUGCUUCAUUUGUUUUUGUUUUGGUCAUUUUUUAUUUUAUUUUUUGAACUCUGUUCUCUUUUAAUAUUAUGAGUGGUAUAAUACAAACCUAGGGAUCAAAUUUCUAAUACCAUCUCUAAUGAUUUACUCUAUUUUUUACUUUUUGAUAGAGUUGACUUCCACUCAAAUGGUACUCUAUUUUAGAACGAAAAAUAGAAUGAUAAACAAAAAAAAAAACAAUGUAAGACAUCUAUCUCUAACAUCACUCUAUUUUUUCCUCUAAAAUGGAGUAAAAGAGAGUAUGAAGUAAAAAUAUUCUAAUCCUACCAUAUUUCUCACUCUUUAAUGGGAUUUACUCCACAAAUAGAGUAACCUAUUUUUUGUUUGUUCAUUACUCUAUUAUGGUGUGAGAAAUGAAAUAGGAUUGAAGCUUUUUUACUCUAUAUUCUAUUUUAUUCCAUCUUGGAGAAAAAAUAAAAUUUUAUAUUGGAGAUGCUCUUAUUCUAUAUAUAAAGUAAAUCCAUUUCUUACUCUAUUAUAGAAUAGAAAAUAGAGUAUCAUUGGAACAUUUUUACUCUAAACUAUAUUUUAGAGUGAAAAAUAGAAUGUGGUUGGAAAUGCUCUAAAACAAAAAAAAA